AUGACUGACGCACGCAAAUCGGCGCCUUACAAGAGGAACCCCGGAGAGCGGUGAGCUUUUUUUUUCUCAUUUUUUUCUUUUUCUCUUUUUUUGGGGCGUUCUAAAAAGGCUCUGGCACCGGGAUUGCGCAGAUUCGCAUCUGUUCUUUUUUCACUGCUCAUAGAAAAAAGUGGUAGAAAGGUAAAUUUUUUUUAAAGGCAUCUGUCAUGUUUUGGUGUCCAGUUGCAAUGAACUUUCCGAGUGAAAUUCACAAAAUGCAGGGUUUUCUCUUCAAUCGAAAAAUUUUUUUUCGUGAAAAAGUGAAAAAGACACAGUUUUUUUUAAAGGCAUCUGUCAUACUUUUACAUUGAUUAUGACUAAAUUUAAGAGAAAGACAAAAAAUUUCUACGAAAAAAAUCAGAGAAGAAAAUAUAAGCGAAGGUUUUCUGCCAGCUCUACGCUUAAAAAAAGUAUGAAUUUUUUCUCUUUAUCCUUGCGACUAUCUAUUUUUUUUUUCUUAAAGAUGCUGCUCUUAAAGUCUCAUUGAUUAGAAAUUUUUUGGCGAUUUGAUGAAAAAUGGGAAGUUUUAUCGUCUUUGAACAAAAAUCGUGGGAACUGAUAAUUCUCAUAUUUUGGAACAUGGAAGUUCGAAUUUUUGCCUUGUACGCCUCUGAAAUCUUUCUAUGUUUUUAAAUUUCGAAAUGCAAGAAUUUCUUGUUCGAGUUUUGAUUUCGAAGGAAAACUCUCUUGAAUAGUUUCCAGUAAUGGAGGAGUUCGCCACGCAAAGUAGGCCUUUUAGUCACACCUGAAACCUUUCCGUUCUGUUCAAAACGGAAAGAAAAGAGUAAAACUUUCUCAUGGUGAGGUUCCCAAUCUCAUUCUCUCAGCACAUUAGAGCCAUUUACGGCUCUUCGAACCGAAAAGAAGUAGUUCGUAUCGGUAACGACGUACCAAGACGUGUAAAUGAACAAAAAAGUGCACUCGAUUGGACCGACAAAAAAUGAUGGCCUCCAUAAAUGCACGGUUGGACUGUGUGGGAGGGGCCAAACCGAAAAAAGUUCCUCGGCGCCUUCUAAAGAGCCAUUCGAUGACAGCGAUCGUUUUGGAACACGUUGUCUUUCGCUUUUCCCUUUUUUUCUGUUUUCUUGUUUUGUCUGAGGAAAUUGAACUUUUCCGAGACUCUAGAAUAUUACUUCCUGGCGGUGAAACUUUGGAGUUAGAAAAAUUUCAACAUAUGAGUUUUUGUUUGUCCGUCCUUUUUUGGGCUGAUAUACCUCAUGACUGAUUUAAUUGCUUUGAAAAAUUAUUUAAAGCGAUUAGAAUGAGUAACUCAAAACGAAUGAGGCAGAAUCUUCAUUUGAAGUUGCCAUAGUCUCUCAGACACAAGAGUCUUUUCCAGGGAAGUAUUUGAGAAAACUUCCAGACGUUCUGAAGAAACUUUUUGAGAAAAAAUCCCUCUUCUUUCAAAGAUAAAAUUGAAAAAACAAACGUUUUUCUUGCCAGACACCUUUUUUCCAGAAACCUGCGAAAUUUCUCGCUAUCACGCUUUUCCUCACUUUGUUUCCACAAUCUGCCCUAUCGCUUCGAAAAUUAUCCCUUUUCUUAAACGUUAUCUUUUAAAACACUGCCAUGAGUCAAGUUGAAAGGGUUUCCAAUUCCAAGUGGUCAAUUUGCUCACUUUCUGCAAUUCCAAAGAACCCACAAAUUGAUUCGUUUAUUUUUCAAACUCAACUUGUACUACCCUAUUAGUCUUCGUUGUUUUCAUCCUAAUGAUAAAAGUAUAAAUAAAUCAACAGAAGGACUUAAAAAUGGCGUCAAACAGCGCAGUUCCGUCGGAAAGUUCUCAUUCAGCGCCGCAUCAGUUAGACAUGCGGAAUCCGUCGGAGCGGUAAUUUCUUUGAAAAUUCUAUUGAAGUUGGAAUUUCAAGAUUUUUUAUGAUUAUAUUCUUAUAGCUAUUAUUCAUUUUUCAGAGUCUUCGUGAACCGUUCGCUGAGACUCGAGAAAAUCCGACAUUUCGGGUUCGACAUGGACUACACCCUAGUCCGUGAGUAGUUUCUCUCUCAUUGCCUACUCCUGCCUUUUUUCCAGAAAUAAAAGUUGUUUUCAGAAUACAAGAGCCCCGAAAUGGAGUAUCUCUCCUUUGAUAUGGUAGUGGAUCGGCUUAUUCAAAUUGGAUAUCCCGCAGAAAUCCGGAAGUUCAAGUUUGACCCGAUUUUCAGCGUCAGAGGUAUUUUUUUCUCACAACUUACUCAUUCAGAUAAUUUUUCAAGCUAAAAAAAUAUUGUUUUAUUACAAAAGUCGGGUUGAUUCCAAGAAAUUAAAAAUAUUCAAAUAGUCGAAAUAAACAUUAAUGAUUGUUCAAAAAAAUCUAAUUAUGUAGCUCAGAAAGCAGAAACUUGGGUUUUUGAAAGAAAAGUUUUUCUUCCAAGUUGAUUUUUUUUUUUGCACGUCCUCUGGAAUUUUCGCAAGUUCAGAGAACCUGCAAAAACGCGCGCACUUUUUUUUCAAUGCCAAAUUUUCUUUAAAAGUGUCCAUAUCGCGUCAAAAAAUUUAACGCGAUAAUUGAAUCACUCAUCGAAGCGCAUUGAAAAACUUGAUCGCCACUCAAAUCGCGCAAUGAAAAGAGCAUCGAAGGUUGACGGACGGAUAGAAGAAUUUUUGACAGGAACGAAUAAAACAGUGGCAUGCCGUCAAUCGGGAGCAUAAAAGUGAACGGGUAUUGAGCGGCGACCCCCAUGUUAUCUGGAAAUUCCUAGACUCCUGGUCCAUUGAUUACAAGCAUAAAUGUCUACUUUGUCCCGUAAAAUGAGCGAAAGUCGUUUCUGGCUGCGUUUUGAAUGUCUUCAAAAAAUAGGAGGAGGUUUCGAAACUUCAAUUUCGAAACAGUUUCAAGAAUGGAUUGACUUGUGGAAAUUACUAAAGAUCAAACUUGAAUUUCAUCAUCAAAUAUUAAUCUCAAGAUGGAAAAUCUUAGUUUCUGGAAUAAGACGAAUUAGGUUUCGAUGAUGGAUUUUCUAUGAGCUCAAGAGUCUAAAAGCUCAAUAUUCAGUUUAUUUUAUUUCAGGUCUAUGGUUCGACUACACGUAUGGCAAUCUGUUGAAAGUCGACGGCUUUGGCAAUAUUUUGGAAGGCAUGCAUGGAAUCAAGUUCCUCAAGACGUGAGCUCAAAAUUUCGCAGAAAAUUAACUGGAGACGUUUUUAGAUCCGAGAUCGAGGAACAAUAUCCCAAUAAGUACCUUCCGCUCACGGAGUCGAGGGUCUUCGUCUUGAAUACACUAUUCAAUUUGCCUGAAACGCCGCUGAUCUCCCAACUGAUCGAUUUCUUCGACAAACAUCCUGACUAUACGUCGUGAGUUCUAAAAAACCAUAGCGAGAAUGAAGCUGAGAAAUUUUUGAAAGUGACAUGAAGAUUUUCCCUUGAAAAGAAGGUAUGCGGUCUGAUUAUCUGAUUUGAAACUUGAUCUUUGUUUCGAAAAUAUUUAAUCUUAGUUCUGGGUACGCAGAAUCAAAUCCUCAAGUCUUACUGGGAAAUUGAAGUCCACUAGGCUGAAAGAGUACUUUUUGCUUCCUGAAAGACACAAAUUUUUAGGUUGCCUGACAAAACUGGAGUCAGUGGUGGCGAUGUCAUCAUGACAUACAAAAGUAUCUUCCAAGACUGCCGACGAUGCGUCGAUUGGGUGCACGAGCACGUGAGCUGCAGUUAGAGUUUCUCAACUGGUUCUGUUUUUAGGGAAAACUGAAACGCACGAUCAUGGCAAAUCCAGAGAAAUACGUUCUGUCCGACGACCGAGCUGAAAGAUUUUUGCGUCAAUUGAGGGAGAAUGGGAAAAAUACGUUCCUUCUGACCAACAGCGAGUGGUACUUCACAGAUGUUCGUUUUUUUUUCUUCAAGAAAAUUGAAAAUUUCUGAAUCUUGAAAAGUUGGUUCAAGUCAGCUUUUUAUUGAGCGAAAGGGGGGGGGGGUAAUAACUUUCUUGAAAAGGAGAAUCUUUAUUGUUUCUCCUAGAUGAAUUGACUGUUUCAGGUGAUGAUGACUCACGUGUUGGGAGCCGGAUGGCGCAGUCUGUUCAACAUGAUCGUGGUCGACGCUUGCAAGCCGAGAUGGUUCGGAGAAGGAACCGUUUUCCGUGAAGUCGACACGGUGACCGGUGCCUACAAGCUCGGAGUUCAUGCUGGUCCUCUUCGAGAAGGAGUCGUGUACUCGGGAGGUGAGUGAACACAGAAAAAAUAGGGCGAAUUUGACUUCACAAUCAAAAAAUUUUGAAACUUUCUUAGAAAGGAUGUAUUUGUUUCCAACAGAAAUUCGAAAAUCUCUUCAGAAGUGAGCUCUGGUAGACUAUUUCAAAAUAAACACAGAGCUUUUUUUUGUUCAUUACACCCAGAUUUGAAAAGGAACAACCGCCAGCUGGAACAAAAAAUAAUUCUGUUCCAUAAGCUGAUAUUUCCAAAAAUUCGAUGCUUCUUUUAAAAAGAAAAUGUCAAAGUUUUCUGACUUUUAGGUUCCUGCGACUCGUUCCAGAAGAUGUUCAAGGCUCGAGGCAAAGACGUAUUGUACAUCGGAGAUCACAUCUUCGGAGAUGUCCUUCGGUGAAUUCCCUUAUUCUAACUUUGACGUGAAUAAGAAAAUCUGCAGGUCGAAAAAGUCGCGAGGAUGGAGGACCUUCUUGGUGGUUCCAGAGCUGGAGCACGAGUUGACGGUCUGGACCGAUCGGAAACCGCUGUUUGAGCAGCUUGGCGCCAUGGAGAACAUGCUCGCCGAGAUCUAUAAGAAUCUGGACGGCGGGGCUCGUCACAAGCCUGCCGUGAAGGACAUCGUCGAGAACAUUCGGGUGAUUAUUAGACAAUGAAUAACCGAUUUUUUAAUGACUUGAAAAAACUAUGGGUUUCCGACUCGUUCAUGGCAAAAGAAUCAAACGGAAUCCAUAGAUAUUGCUAUCAAAACCUUUCAAAAACUCUUUUCAGAAACUCUCGCACGAAAUGGAUCAAGAAUAUGGUGUUUAUGGAAGUUUGUUCCGCGCUGGUGGCCGAAUGACCUUCUUCGCUUCUCAAGUGGAAAGGUGAGAUUACUUUUUCAGUGGGUUUUUUUCAAGGCUGAGAAAAGUAUAACCAUGCGAAAGUUGUCUAGCAUUUUUUUUUUUUGGGUUCUUCACAAUUUUUCGGAAGUGGCUCAAAAAUUGCAAAACCUGGGUUUGACUCAUAAUGAAACAACUUUCUAUAAUGAUAUAAUGGUUGAGGUAAACCAAAAUGAUUAAGGCUCACUUUUUUGCAGAUACGCGGACGUGUACGCCUCUUCAUGCUACAACUUGGUGAACUACCCGUCGUUCUACUUCUUCCGGGCCCCGAUGCAGCUGAUGCCCCACGAAAGCACUGUGGACCACGCUGCCACGCUCAGAUCUCGCUCCAACACGCUCACCAAACAGGAGAGCGUCGGGCAGCAAGGUGAGAUUUUGAAUUUUGAGCGUCUCAGUCCAUGAAACUUUUGCACUCUCAAACUAGAAAAAUUUUGAGAAAAACGUAUUUUUUGAAUAGGUCUGGAUCACAGAUGUGAAGGAAGGGGAAACCUCAUUACUCGAAAACGAGAGAAAUUAUUAGGCUAUCACUUGAUUCAUUGAAAAUGCCAUUGAGUGACCUUUUCCUCUCUUACUGAAAACGAAGAGUAUUUUGAGCUAAAACGCAUUUUUGAUUAUAAAGAAUUUACGUUUUCAGUUCGUGGAUGGACCCGCAUGACCGCCAAUGAGAACGAAUUCUGCCACGAGGAGGAGGACGAGGAGCAGUCCAACAGUGAUGGCGAGGUACUGUUCUCUAAAAUUCUCUUCUUCAAAUUAGAGUUAUUUAUAUCGCUCAAGGGACGUCGUUUCAGAAGUUUUUUAAACCUGCCCACAAACUAUAAGGGACAUUUUAUCAAAAUUGUAUCCCUUCCUUCGACCCAUAGAAAAUUUUCUGGUCGAAUGAUCAUUAUUUUCUAGUUUCACGACUUUUUUGAGACUUUUUCAAACCGCCAAACUUUUUUGCCGUAUUCUCAUUCCUAUGACUUUUUAACUUUGAAAGUGAAAUUAAUAAAUUGUUUUUUUAUUUGAAAGAAGCAUACAGUGCAGUCCUGAUUUCAAAAUUUCAGCCGAAUAAGAGAGACCGAAACAAGUCGGCGAGCGACGAAUCUGCUCCAGAUGCGGAGCAACAGGAGCAAGGAACUGAACCUCAUCCCGACGUCGUCGCUGUAGCUCCGGCCUUUGUGGAGAAGAACAUCAAUAGCCCUUGA